AUGGGUUCGGGGUUCCAGAAUUUCUCUUCAAAAGUUAAAAUUGUUCUCGAAAAUGAGUUUGGUCAAAAACAGGAAUUGCUGGAUUCUUGGGAGAACUUGGACGUCAAUACAGCGCCUACGGCAACCUCUGAUGCAAUGCAACCUGAUUCUGAGGACCGCAAUAUCCGUGAGUCCGCGUUGACAGCCUGGUACAAGGCAGCACGUGAUCGUCGGAGGAAGUUGCAGAAGCUUUUGGAAGAAUACAACGAGCUCGUUAUUGCGGUUAGGGUGAGAACGUAG